CAGACAGAGCUGCUGCUGCCUGCUUUGGCCAUCGCUCACACUCUUCUCGUGGCUGAGGAAAACUACAGCCUGCCAAGAUGUGCAAAGGAUUAGCAGCGCUGCCCCACACGUGCCUGGAGAGGGCCAAGGAGAUCAAGACCAAGCUGGGCACACUGCUCCAGAAGCCUGACUCGGCCAUUGACUUCGUCAUCCCCUACCCAGAGAAGCCGGAGAAGCCACCCAAGGCCCAGAAGCCAUCACCAGAGGAGGCUCUGCAGUGGCGUGAUUCCCUGGAGAAGCUCCUGCAAAACCCCUAUGGGCUCGCCAGCUUCUGCAGCUUCCUGCGCUCCGAGUUCAGCGAGGAGAACGCCGAGUUUUGGGUGGCCUGUGAGGACUACAAGAAAACCAAGUCCCCUGUGAAGAUGGCGGAGAAGGCCAAGAAGAUCUAUGAGGAGUUCAUCCAGACUGAGGCACCCAAAGAGGUGAACAUCGACCACUUCACCAAGGCUGUGACCAUGAAGAACCUGGUGGAGCCAUCGCCAAGCAGCUUUGACAUGGCCCAGAAGAGGAUCUUUGCCCUAAUGGAGAAAGACUCCCUGCCCAGAUUUGUGCGGUCGGAGUUUUAUCAGGAGUUAAUCAAGUAGCAACGUGGCAGGGCUGUGCGAGGCGUUCCCUGCGGGCGGUCCCACUGCUUCUGUCUAAACACCUGCCCCUUCUCCUGUAGCCGCUUUGCUUUCUUGAUACCACCCUAAAAGAGCACCCAGGGGCGUUGCUAAACAUCUCCCCCUGUGCUUUGGACUGUCAGAUGGCCCAGAUGUCUCCUCUCUUACAGUCUCUUUCCUCUCCCACAAAAGACCACUUAGCAGAAACCCCUCGUGAUCCUCCCUGGGUUUGGGACCCAGAAGG